UGUUGAAGAUGACAGGUUUAAAGGGGAUUUCGGUUCUUGUUUUUCUUUGUUGUUUAUUUUCAGUUAUUGUAGGGGAUCAUGAAGAAGAAAAAAUUCCAGGACUUGAGCUUAAUUUUUAUAGGAACAGUUGUCCAAAUGCAGAACAAUUUGUGAAAGAUGAAGUGAGUAGGAGUACGCUGAUAGAUCCUACUACAGCUGCAGCCCUUCUAAGACUUGCUUUCCACGACUGCCAAGUAGAUGGUUGUGAUGCUUCAGUACUUUUAAGUUUUUCAAAUGGCUUGAUGACUGAGACAGAAUCAGAAAUGAACUUUGGAUUGCGCAAACUCCACAUAAUCAAUGGAAUAAAGAGUUCUUUGGAGAGAAUUUGUCCUCAAACAGUUUCUUGUUCUGAUAUUAUUCAGUUAGCAGCACGUGAUACUAUACAUCUGUCUGGAGGACCCUUUAUAGAUGUUUUUACGGGACGAAAAGACGGUACAUUGGCAAGCAAGGAGAGAGCUGACAAAGAGCUUCCACCUGCAGACAUUUCUGUAGAUAAAUUCAUUGAAAUUUUCCAGGGGAAGAACAUCACUCUCCAAGAAGGAGUAGCCCUUAUUGGGGCACACACUCUAGGCAUAGGACAUUGCCGGAACUUUGAGAAGAGGUUGCAGCCUCCAGGGGAUCCUACAUUGCCAACCGGAUUCAAACUCACUUUACUUGUGAUUUGCAGCAAUCCUUUUUUGUCUAAUAUCACUUUCGAAACAAAUGAUUUAACUACUUUUGCGUUUGAUAAUCGCUACUUCACUGAUAUCCUUAAUGGAAGAGGACUACUCAAGAUUGAUUCUGAUAUUUCGAGAGAUCAAAGAACAAAGCCUCAUGUCAUCAGAUUUGCAAGCGAUCAAAAGCAGUUUUUUAGAAGCUUUACAUCAGGAUUCUUAAAACUCUCAAACCAUAAAGUUUUAUUGGGAAAACAAGGAGAAAUUCGUAAGGAUUGCAGGUUUGUGAAUAAUUGAACAAGUUGUAUGUCGCGCUCGUCUUGUCACCAGAGUUUCAACAAUCAAGAAACUACAACUGACAUGUGUAGUACUAGCUUGUAGGACAAAGCUUUUAAGUUUUCUUUCUACAUUCAACUAUGAUAAAAAAGAAAAAAGACGAAAUCUUUGUUUAUGUUGACUUUCACUUUUUAUUUGAAU